AUGUCGAUGUCGGACGCUGCGAGGACGACGACGACGAGGACACGAACGCCGCCUAAGCGCACCUUCUCGGAUGUCGAACUCGACCUCGACCAACUCGCCGAGUCAUUCGACGUCCCUCCCUCCACGUCCUCCUCCGCGUCAUCAGCCAUGGCCAUAGCCUCCUCCUCCGCAUCAGCCUCCUCCUCCUCCACGUUCGCGUCUCCCUGCCCUCCUCACCCCGCAACGAUCCUAAUUACUGACUCCCCCGCGUCCAGAUCCAAAGCGACACUACUACUCACCUCAAAGCAAAAGCCCAAACACCCGCACCCGCGCACAAGCAUGCAGCACCCCUCCUCGUCUGCGCCUAUCAAGGUAGGCGUGCUCGGCGCCACGGGCACCGUAGGCCAGCGCUUCCUCACGCUCCUCGCUGCGCACCCGUGGUUCGCUGUCGAUGCGCUCGGCGCGUCCCCGCGCUCCGCGGGGAAGAAGUAUAAAGAUGCGGUCAGUUGGAAGCAGAGCACGCCUAUCCCGCAGGGCGUUAGGGAUGUGGUUGUGCGAGAGUGUAGGCCGGAGAAUUUCGCGCAGUGUAAGAUUGUGUUUUCGGGGCUGGAUGCGGAUGUUGCUGGGGAGAUUGAGGAAGCGUUCCGCGCCGCGAAUCUGGCCGUCUUCUCCAACGCGAAGAAUUUCAGGAGGGACCCACACGUCCCGCUCAUCGUCCCGCUCGUGAACCCGCACCAUCUGUCGAUCAUCCCGCAGCAGCAGGCGCUGUUCUCGCCGGCGCUGACGUCCGGGUUCAUCGUGACCAACGCGAACUGCUCGACGACGGGGUACGUCAUCCCGCUCGCGGCGAUGGAGAAGGCGUUUGGCCCGCUUGAGUGUGUGAUGGUUACUACCCUCCAAGCGAUCUCGGGCGCGGGGUAUCCUGGUGUGCCGAGCCUUGAUAUCCUCGACAACGUCAUCCCGUAUAUAUCAGGCGAGGAGGAGAAGAUCGAGUGGGAGACGCUAAAGAUUCUAGGUGGGAUCAGCACGAAGGAGUCGGAGGUUACCAGCGCGGACGGGCAGCAGGUGGUGAAGAAGGAAGUGAAGACGUUCGACAUGCACGCCGCGCACCCGUUGCGCGUGUCGGCGUCGUGCAACCGCGUGCCAGUGAUCGACGGGCACACCGAGUGCGUGUCUGUGAGGUUCGCGAGGAGACCACCGCCGUCGCCGCAACAGGUCCGCGAGGCGCUCGCGGCGUACACGCCCGAGGCGCAGGCGCUCGGAUGCCCGUCGGCGCCGUGCAGGGCGAUUGUGGUGCAUGAGGAACCGGACAGGCCGCAGCCGCGCUUGGAUAGGUAUUAUCAGGACGGCGCGGGGGUGUCGGUGGGGAGGGUGAGGCAGUGUCAGGUGCUGGAUGUCAAGUUUGUGGUUUUGGCGAAUAAUGUGUCGAUUGGUGCUGCGACGAGUAGUAUUAUUAAUGCGGAGUAUGCGGUGUUGAAGAAUGUUGUGCAGUUGUGA